CUGUACAAGGACCGUGCUGAGCUGUCCAUCCAGCAGAGCGCUCACCUGUCUUUACCUGCUUGCACUCGCCGCACUCAUCGCCACCAUGACAGACCAGGCCCCCUUUAACACCAAUGUCAUCACCAUGACCAGAUUCGUCAUGGAAGAAGGCAUCAAAGCCAAAGGCACGGGAGAGAUGACCCAGCUGCUGAAUUCCCUCUGCACUGCUAUCAAAGCCAUAUCUACUGCUGUGCGCAAAGCAGGUCUGGCCAACCUAUACGGCAUUGCUGGGUCCACCAAUGUGACAGGAGACCAGGUGAAGAAGCUGGAUGUUCUCUCAAAUGAUUUGGUUGUCAACAUGCUAAAAUCAUCAUUUAGUACCUGUGUCCUUGUGUCAGAAGAAGACGAGCAUGCACUCAUUGUGGAGCCUGAGCAUAGGGGUAAAUACAUUGUGUGCUUUGAUCCUUUGGAUGGUUCUUCGAACAUUGACUGUCUUGCAUCCAUUGGCACAAUCUUUGCCAUAUAUAGAAAGGUGUCAGAUGAUGAGCCUAAUGAAAAAGAUGCUUUGCAACCAGGACGUAACAUUGUAGCAGCAGGUUAUGCAUUGUAUGGAAGUGCCACAAUGCUGAUGUACAUUUUAAGGUGUGGUGACUGUAUAUAUUACUUUAUCAAUUUCUAGUCGAUCGGGGAAUUCAUCCUGGUUAACAGAAACGUGAAGGUUAAUCCAAGAGGCAAUAUCUACAGUUUAAAUGAAGGCUAUGCCAAAUACUUUGAUGCAGCCGUUACAGAAUAUCUCCAGAAGAAGAAGUUCCCAGAGGAUGGAAGUUCACCUUAUGGAGGACGAUAUGUUGGUUCCAUGGUGGCUGAUGUUCACCGAACACUUGUUUAUGGAGGAAUCUUCUUAUAUCCUGCAAACUCCAAGAGCCCAAAGGGAAAGUUAAGGCUUCUGUAUGAGUGCAAUCCCAUGGCCUAUGUUAUGGAGAAGGCUGGAGGAAUGGCCACCAAUGGACUGGAGAAUGUCUUGGAUAUAGUUCCAGAGAGUAUUCACCAGAGAAUGCCUAUAGCCCUGGGCUCUACAGAAGAUGUGAAGGAGUACAUUGAGAUUUUCAAGAAACAUGCCAAGAAAUAGAAGGCUGCUGGACCGAAUUCC